AUGGAGACUGAUUGCAAUCCUAUGGAGUUACCCAAUAAUGCGGGGUUUGAAGAGGAUUCUGAUUAUAGAGACUUUGAAGGAACAGAUGUGAAAGAUAUGAGACUAGAAGCUGAAGCUGUUGUGAAUGAUGUUCUGUUCGCUGUCAGCAACAUGUUUGUCUCAAAAACCCUUCCCUGUGCAGAGGAUGUGGCAUAUAUCAAUGUGGAAACCAGGGAAAGGAACAGAUACUGCCUGGAGCUCACCGAAGCAGGACUCAGGGUAGUAGCUUAUGAUUUUGAUCAGACUGAUGACAGAUUGCAAACUCCAUACCAUGAAACUGUCUACUCCUUAUUGGACUCUCUCAGCCCUGCAUAUCGAGAGGUGUUUGGAAAUGCAUUACUACAAAGACUAGAAGCUUUGAAGAAAGAUAGUCAGUCAUGAUUUACCCAGAAGUGAGGAAGGUUUAAUGCUAGAAGGAAUUCUUAGUAUGAGGCACUGACAUCUUUCUUAAAAACAUAAUCACAAACAUCUUAAGCUUCAU